AUGGUCCAAGUUAAAGAAUUUGCCGUGGAGCAAUGGAUGGACAAGUAUGAACUCCAGGCCAAAUACAAUGUCGCGGAGACCUGCUGUGCCUCUGUUUCCGUGAAUCAGCUCCAGGACAUCUCGGAGGACAAAUCUACAAGUCCAUUGGAUCUCUCCUCGAAGCUGACCUACGGUGCCAUUCGCGGGUCGGAACGCCUUCGGAGCACCUUGGCCAACCUCUACUCCGUCAAAACUCCCACGCCAUUGCCAUUGGACAAUGUCCUGAUUACACCCGGCGCAAUUCAGGCUAAUUUCCUGUUGUUCUACUCCUUGGUUGGCCCCGGGGACCAUGUAAUCUGCCACUACCCCACGUACCAGCAGCUCUAUUCGGUCCCGGAAUCGCUUGGCGCAGAAGUGAGUCUGUGGAAGUCCAAGGAGAAGGAUGAUUGGAAGUUGGAUAUCGAGGAGCUAAAAGGACUCAUCCGGCCCAACACCAAAUUAAUCAUCCUCAACAAUCCCCAAAAUCCGACCGGAGCCGUGAUCCCUCAAGCCACAUUAGAAGAGAUUGUCAAGGUUGCGCGAAGCUCAUCGAUCUAUAUCCAUGCCGACGAAGUAUACCGCCCGGUCUUCCACUCCAUUACCCCAAUGGACCCGGACUUUCCGUCAUCUCUACUGUCUCUAGGCUAUGAACGUACAGUCGUGACCGGAUCGCUGUCAAAGGCAUACAGUCUGGCUGGGAUUCGGGUCGGAUGGGUUGCUUCGCGCGAUCGGUCGGUGAUUGAAACCUGUGCUGCUGCCCGGCACUACACCACGAUCUCCGUGAGCUACCUGGACGACGCGAUUGCAAGCUAUGCCCUGGCACCGACCUGCAUCCACGGACUGUUAAGGCGGAACAUCGAAUUGGCCAGGACAAAUUUGGCGAUUUUGGAGAAAUUCAUCGAGUCCCAUCGGUGGGCAUGUGAAUGGGUCAAGCCGCGAGCGGGCACGACGGCAUUUUUACGCUUCAACAAGAUGGGAAAGCCCGUAGACGACGUUGCCUUUUGCGAGACGCUGCUCCAACAGACUGGGGUGAUGUUAGUUCCGGGCAGCCUUUGCUUUGGCGAAGGGGAGGACUUUAAGGGGUACGUCCGAAUUGGAUUCGUGCAGGAAACCGAGGUGUUGGAGAAAGGGUUAGAGGCCCUUGCAUCGUUCAUGGACGACGGAUACGACGAGGUGCCGGUGGUGAAGAGGAAAUAG